AUGGUCAUGCGGUGCAAAGUGCUGCCCCACAACGGCAUGCCCGAUCGUGCCGCCCUGGUGGAAAUGGGUGAUGUGGCGCAGUCCCAGUGGAUUGUGAACAAUUUGAACGGGAACACGCCGGCUGGCAUGGCGGGACCCAUCAAGAUCGGGUACUCGCAGUCGAAGGGCAAGGGAAGCCGGCAAUCGCCCUACGAGCAGCCUGCGCCUGGCAACCUCUCAGGCUUGGAGAUCAAGCUUGCGACGCACACCAACGACCAUGGCAACAAGUUGUGGGUGGGACAGAUCCCUUUGGGAACGACGAAGGACCUCAUGUACCACGAGUUUUCGAAGUACGGAGCUGUCCAGGACGUGUACAUACGCGAUGACGGAAAGGUCCAGGGCCGCAUGUGGGGCUUUGUCACUUUUGUGGACUCGACUGGAGCCACGGAAGUCCUGUCGGCCUUUGCGACGGGAGCUUUCGCGGCACAGGCAAUGGGCGCCGCGCAGGACCAGUUCCAGAUGCCUCCGCCGCCGAUGCCGGAGCCCCCACAGCCUCUUUCGGUUAGGCCUCGUGCAGACAAUCCGUGCAAGUUGUGGGUCGGCGGCAUCCCUGCAGGGAGCACCGAGAUGUUCUUGCGGGAAGAGUUUGGCAAGGUUGGCCAGGUGACAGAGGUCUUCCUCAAAGACGACGGCCAGCGCUCUGGUCGGAUGUGGGGCUUCAUUACCAUGGCAGAUGCCGGCCUCGCGCAGGCUGCUAUCGCAGAGAUGAAUGGCAAGACGCUCCACCCACCACAGGUCGAUUUCCACGCGGCCCAGCAGGACAUGGCUAGCAUGCACGGCAUGCAUGCAGGAGGCUUCGACCCCAGCCUAGCUCCAGAAGCAGAACAUCAGGCCCCGGCCAUUGCAGGCGUUGCACCGGCCGGGCUUGCGAUGAAUGGUGACAUAGGUAUGCAGAGCCACAUGGCCGGAGGCUUCGUGCAAGAAGGCUUCGGUGCCGAAGCCCACCCCUCCUCCGGCCUGGGGCUCGAUGCAGGCUUCGGUGUUCCACCGCCGCCACCAGCAAGUGGCUUCGGCGGUCCAGGCCUGGGCACAGAUGGGCCCGCACCGGCCGCCUUCAACGACACAGGUGACCGCGGAAAGGCCCUUGCCCAGAGGAGCUUUCUUUGGGUGGCCGAUGGCUCUGUGCGCUGUGAGGUGUCAACCCCACAAAAGGGCACGAGUCUCCUGUCCGUGGCCAUGUCUGUGUCUCGGAACUUCUGCCACAACUGUGGCAGUGCCUGUAUGUCUGAGUCGCACUACUGCGGCGCGUGUGGCCAAAAUCUGGGCACGCCCGCUCCUUCGGGCCAGCACGUCGAGGAGUGUGGCUCGCAGAACCGAAAGCGUCAGAGGAAGCCCAAGGUGCAGAUCUGGCGAUGUGUGUACGAGAAUGGUGUGGAUAUCCGGCAGUUUGCUUCUGUCAUGGCGCCCCGGACCAUGUAUGGCCUCGAGGCAGGGCAAGAGUUUGCCGUCGAGCACGAGGAGCGUGGCCCGGACGGGAUCCUGUACUUGAAAUUGGCGGAUGGCCGAGGCUGGGUCUUUGACCAGAAGCCGAGCCUGGGGGUGAUCUGCGCAAAGGGGCAGGCACCGAACAAGCCGCGCCCAGCCUCGCCCCGAUGCACCAGCACACCAAAGCAGGUGACUUCCCAGAACAAAGGGCGGAACCAGAGCCGCAAGGCACCCGGGUCCGAGCUCCGAGGGCGGAGCCCCGGCGUGAAGCAGAAGGCCUCGCCGGUGCCACGGUCCCUGGCUGCUAGCUUGGACAAGGCUGGGGAUGACGCCACGAAGCGCACAGUAGGCAAGGACCAGGAGGAGAAGGCACCACUGUCUGCGCGAAGAGGAUGCACCCAGGCUGCUGGGAAGCCGACAGCAGCUGAGCCGGACAAGGCUCCUUCUACUGAGCGGCGUGGGCGCCGGAAGGAGGCCUCACCAAAGCCAGUGCCGGCUGACGACUUUGAGCAGGCACCACUAUCUGCGCGAAGAGGGCGCGCCCAGGCCCCUGGGAAGCCGACAGCAGCUGAGCCGGACAAGGCUCCUUCUACUGAGCGGCGUGGGCGCCGGAAGGAGGCCUCACCAAAGCCAGUGCCGGCUGACGACUUUGAGCAGGCACCACUAUCUGCGCGAAGAGGGCGCACCCAGGCCCCUGGGAAGCCGACAGCAGCUGAGCCGGACAAGGCUCCUUCUACUGAGCGGCGUGGGCGCCGGAAGGAGGCCUCACCAAAGCCAGUGCCGGCUGACGACUUUGAGCAGGCACCACUAUCUGCGCGAAGAGGGCGCACCCAGGCUGCUGCCAAGCCGACAGCAGCUGAGGCAGACAAGGCUCCUUCUGCUGAGCGGCGUGGGCGCCGGAAGGAGGCCUCACCAAAGCCAGUGCCGGCUGACGACUUUGAGCAGGCACCACUAUCUGCGCGAAGAGGGCGCACCCAGGCCCCGGCGAAGCUCGCUGCCCCACCAACCAGUAAGGGAAAGGCAGUGCCAAAGCAGUCCGACAAAGAGUACGACAAGGCAUCGCCCAAGCGCAGCCGAAGCCCCGUGAACAAGGCCCCGGGACGUCCAGCACCGCGAAAUCGCAUGGAGGAGCCACACGGUUCUGCUCCGGACAAGGGAGCUGCAACAGCCACGCAAAGUGCUGCGAAGGGGAAGCUGCCGGAGCCGAAGGGCAAGCCGACGCUGGCGCAGAAAAAGCUGCAGGCGAUUGCGCCGGAGCUCUACAGGAAGCCCAACCCGGCGUUGAAGGAGUUGCCUCGAGUUUCUCGGGCUCUUCUGCCCCAACUCCCGCCCGACGACGCGCCCGACAACCGACGUGGCCAACCACCGGCCUCCAAGGUCAAAGCCCCGACCAAGGAGGCCGCCCGGGAACGGGAGAGAUCGCGCACCUGUCCCAGAUCACCGAGGCUCGAACGCAGCCCAAUCCCGUUUGCUGCCUUCUGUGCAGCUCGAGACGCUGACGCUAAGGUUCUGGUCCCAUCUGCGACAGGUCUUCUUGAGCGCCUACGGCGUACGAGCCAGGCAGCAGCACCCAUUGCAUUGCCGACAUCACCGAAGCGGGCUCCCCAUGGAGCACGUGCGGCUCCUGCGGUGGACACGGCAGAGGCACCUGAGCCGGCGGGCUCGGAGGCUUCGGAGGCUUCAGAUCUCACCGCCGAGCUUCAGGCGCAGGAGGAGGCGGCAAGCCGGCAAUUCCAGCAGAUGGAGACCUCUGCCAAGAACGCUUGGCAACGGGCGAAGGCCAUGGCAGACGUUUUGGCGCAGCAGAAGGAUGAGGAGGCUCGGCAAGCCGACGCAAGGAAGAGGCUCGACGAGGCCACGGCGAGUCGGCAGGCUGCGGAAGCUCGGGUGCAGGAGGUGGAGCUUGCGGUGGAGUCACUGCGCAGUGAGAUUGCGCAGGUAGAGGAGGAGUCGCAGCAGCGCAUCGCAAGCCUCAAAAGCGAGGCAGAGGAGGCUUCGCGGCAGAAGGAGACCUGCCUAGUGGAGGCUUUGGCCACCGCGCAGGGUGCCAAGGAGGAUGCCCAACGCCAUCUUCAGUCGCUGCAGCAGCGGUGUGCUGCAGAGCUCCGCCUGGCCAAGGAGAAAUAUGCAGACGACCAGGAGGCUUCGCUGCAAAGGUUGGCAGACCAUGAACUGAAAGCCCAGGGCCCCGUCCUGGAGCUGGAAGCGAAUGCCGAGGCUCAGAGGCAGGCUGCUGCAGCGGAGGCUCGCGCGCAGGAGGCGGCAGCACCGCAAUUGGCAGCACUUAAGUCUGAGGUCGUUGAGGCAGAGCGCAGGGCAGCUGCCGCCGAGGAGGCCCGGCGACGCUCGGAGGAGCGAGCGAUUGCAGAGGAGUCCAGGUUGAGGGUUCUCAUGGACAUGCUUCCGCGGGCGGAGGCGGAUGCCUGGAAGGAGAGCCAGGAGCUGGUGGCUGAAGCACACCAAGUGGCUCGGGCAAAGCUGUCGGAGGCCACGUCGGCCUCGGAGCGAGGGGCCGCCCAAGCGGCCGAACGGUCACGCAAAGCUCAGGAGCUGUUGGAAGCGGAACGUGAGCGCACGCAGGCUGCGAUUGAAGAGCAGCUGGCAGCUGUCGCCUCAGCACAAAAGCAGGCAGAGGAGGCGUCCGCUGCAGCAGAGGAAGCGGCGCGAGAAGCACAAGAACAAACCGCCAGCGCGCUGAAGGACUCGUCGGAGCUCUACGCCGCUGCCAAAGGCGAGGCCCUGAGCCGCACGGCGGCGGCACGUAGCCAGCAGCAGGAGACGGAGAAGCAAAUUGCUGAAAACAUCGCAAGCUUGCGGGCAGAGCAUGCGCGGAAGGUUCUGGCUGCCACCCGGACGUGCGAGGAAGCAGCGCGAGAUGCAAAGAAGCAGGUGGAAGCAUUGCAGGCGAAGUUUCAGGCCAAUCACAGGGAGAUUGGCGCGAAGGUCAAGGACGCCGAGUGCCGGAUGCAUCGGGCGGAAAACGACCUUGAGGAGACGAAGAAGUGGUCGGAGCAGGUUCGUGCGAAGAUGCAAGGACUGAUGGAGGAUUCUAAGCAGCAGCUUGUGGACCAAGAGAAGCUGAGCCGUGCGCAGUUUGAGGCCGAGGAAAGGGCGUCAGAGGAGCGGCUCGAGGCAGCACGGGUGCUGCGCCAAGAGAGCGAGGCCUUGGCCAAGGCGGCGGAGCAGGAUGGCAAGGCACGUCGUGCUGCGGCAGAGGCCGCGGAGGAGCACGCGGCUUGGUCAGCCGAGCAGCGUCGUUCCGCCGCCGAGGCUGCCAUGGCGGAGAGGGAGCUCGAAGCCUCUGCAGAGAUCGAGGCAGCAGAGGUGGAAGCAGAUGAGAAUUUUGAGGCGUUGGGGGUGAAGGUGAGCCGUGCGUGGUCCACAUGCAAGGAGCAGCAGCUCGUGGCAAGGCAGCAGGUGUCAGACGCAGAGGCCGUAGUUCGGGAGGAGGUGGCGCAGGUGAAGUCACGUCUGGAGAAGAUGCGAGAGCUAGCGAAGGCUGCUGCAGCAGAGGCCCAGGGAGCCGCAGAGCGAAAGGCGGAAGCGAGCCGGCAGCUCCAAAGCAUCGAAUCUCGCACGGAAGCCGCACGGGCCGAUCUGUCAGCAGCGGAGCGGAGCUUGGAGUGCUCGGUGAUGCACUGCGAGGAGUUGGCGGUUUCGGCAGAGCUCUGUGCCCAGGAGCAGGUGGAGGCCUUUGCUGCGCUCUGCGAGCAGCGAGCCGAAGACGACGAGGACCAUGCAGAAGCCGCAGAGCAGGUCGCGGAGGCCGAAGAGGAGCGGGCCAUGGCGGCCGAGGAAGCUUCGGUCUUCGAGGAUCUCAGCUUCCAAGGGCUUCUGGAGAGGGAGCGAAAGCUGAUCCAAGACGAGAUCGAGCGAGCCGUUCGAAGGACGAUCGAGGUCGAGAGCGCCAUAAAGGAGGCCGUCUCCUACAGUGAGAGGAGCACUCGGGAGCUUCUGAACUACAUGGAGAAGGUAGAGCCGAUCGAAUCUUCGCCGUCGCAGAUCACGGAUCUCCUGGAGAACCACUGUUCUCAGUGCCAUGCGGAGGCUGCCCCGGAAGCGGCCUUCUGCAAGAAUUGUGGACACGCUCUGCAGCAGCAUGUCAUCUCAGACUCCGGGAGCCCCAGCUUGCGUGGAAAGAAGAGGCGCGCGGACAGCCACCUCACAGGCAGCCCCAUGCAGCAUUUGAGGAACAUGGGCCCAUCCAGGGGAAAGAAAUCCUACAAGUGGUGA